UCCUUAAAGUGAAACAGAAAGUGAACCAGAGAUCAGGGAGGAUUCUAAAUCGAAAUGUCUUCACGGGUCACGGCCUGAAAUCAAGUCUCUUAUCUAGGAAAAAAAGAACCAGAACAGCCUGUAAGGUGUGUGUGCAUGAGGAGAGAGAGGAGGAGAAACCUGCUUAUCAAAUGAGUGUGUAUGAAGAGAGAGAGGAGGAGGCUCCUGUUGACGCUCAGAGAGCAGGGUCUCCAGGAUUCAGCUGCGUGUCUAUGAAGAGUAACAACUCUAUGUUUGAGCCGCCUGCUUUCAGAGAUGUUGACGCUCAGAGAGCAACGUCUCCAGGAUUCAGCUGCGUGUCUGUGAAGAGUAACAACUCCAUGUUUGAGCCGCCUGCUUUCAGAGAUGUUGACACUCAGAGAGCAGGGUCUCCAGGAUUCAGCUGUGUGUCUGUGAAGAGUAACAACUCUAUGUUUGAGCCCCCUGCUUUCAGAGAUGUUGACGCUCAGAGAGCAGGGUCUCCAGGAUUCAGCUGCGUGUCUGUGAAGAGUAACAACUCUAUGUUUGAGCCCCCUGCUUUCAGAGAUGUUGACGCUCAGAGAGCAGGGUCUCCAGGAUUCAGCUGUGUGUCUGUGAAGAGUAACAACUCCAUGUUUGAGCCGCCUGCUUUCAGAGAUGUUGACGCUCAGAGAGCAGGGUCUCCAGGAUUCAGCUGUGUGUCUGUGAAGAGUAACAACUCCAUGUUUGAGCCGCCUGCUUUCAGAGAUGUUGACGCUCAGAGAGCAGGGUCUCCAGGAUUCAGCUGUGUGUCUGUGAAGAGUAACAACUCCAUGUUUGAGCCGCCUGCUUUCAGAGAUGUUGACGCUCAGAGAGCAGGGUCUCCAGGAUUCAGCUGUGUGUCUGUGAAGAGUAACAACUCCAUGAUUGAGCCCCCUGUCUUCAGCAGUGGACCUUCUGUGACCUCUGACGCUGUUAUCAUCACCCGAAAAAGAAAGCGAGCAGCUUCUCCACUACAGUCCCUUAAUCUCAGUGAUGAAUCAGUGCCUAUUGAUCCUGUAGGUGGGAGAGCUUACCAGAUCAGAUAUGUGCACAAAACCAGCAUGAAGAACAAGUAUGAGAGCUUAUUUGAGGGAGUCAAACUACAAGAGAAUCAAACCCUCCUGAACAGGAUUUAUACACAGCUGUACAUCAUAGAGGGAGAGAGUGAAGGAGUGAAUGAAGAACAUGAAGUGCUACAGAUGGAGAAAAGUUACAGGACACUCCAAGACACUCCAAUCAACUGCAAUGACAUCUUUAAUCCUUUAUCUGAACCAGGAGAUGAGGAGAAGAGAAGAGAGAAGAAAGACACAAUAAAGACUGUUCUUACUAAAGGCAUCGCUGGAAUUGGAAAAACCGUCUCUGUACAGAAGUUCAUUCUGGACUGGGCCGAGGGAAAAGCCAAUCAGGAUGUAGAUUUCAUGUUUGUGCUUACAUUUAGAGAGAUGAACUUGAUUAAAGAUCAUCAGUACAGUCUUCACAGACUUCUGCUUGACUUUCAUCCUGAACUUCAAGAUCUGGACUCAAAGAUUUAUGAUGAAUGUAAAGUUGUGUUCAUCUUUGAUGGUCUGGAUGAAAGCAGAAUCACACUGAUGUAUUCAGACAGUCAGAAAGUUUCUGAUGUGACUGAGAUUUCAUCAGUGGGUGUGUUGAUGUCAAACCUCCUGAGAGGAGAUCUGCUUCCCUCUGCUCUCAUCUGGAUCACCACCAGACCAGCAGCAGCCAAUCAGAUCCCCUCUAACUACAUCAACCGUGUGACAGAGAUUCAGGGAUUCAAUGACCCUCAGAAGGAGGAAUAUUUCAGGAAGAGAAUCAGUGACGAGCAUCAAGCCAGCAGAAUCAUCUCACACAUCAGAAGAGCAAGAAGCCUCCACAUCAUGUGUCACAUACCCGUCUUCUGCUGGAUCUCAGCCACUGUGCUUCAAAACAUCCUGAAACAAGAUCUCAGUGCAGAAAUCCCUCAAACUCUGACUGAAAUGUACAUCUACUUCCUGCUCAUUCAAACAAAGAUGAGGAACCAGAAGUAUGAAGAGAGACAUCCAGAGAAACUCCUGCAGUCCAACAGAGAAGUGAUUGUGAAACUUGCUGAACUGGCUUUCAAUCAGCUGAUGAAAGGCAAUGUGAUGUUUUAUGAGGAGGACCUGAGAGAGAGCGGUAUAGACGUCACUGACGCCUCAGUGUAUUCUGGGAUCUGCACUGAGAUCUUUAGAGAGGAAUCUGUGAUUUAUCGGAGGAAGGUUUACAGCUUUGUACAUCUGAGCUUUCAGGAGUUUUUUGCAGCACUGUAUGUGUUUUUCUGCUAUUUACACAAGAACCGUGAGAUUCUGGAAAUGUUCCUGAUGGGAAAGUGUGAGAAUAUUACUCUGGAUGUGUUUCUGAAGGGAGCAAUGAAUAAAGCCUUGAGCAGUAAAACUGGACACCUGGAUCUCUUCCUUCGGUUUCUUCAUGGCGUCUCACUGGAGUCCAAUCAGAGACUCUUACAGGAUGUGCUGAUACACACAGAAAACGACCCAGAGAUCUUCAAGAAAAUAACCCAAAACCUCAAGCGAGGUCAGAAAAACAAUAUCAGUCCUGAAAGAUGGAUGAAUCUCACACACUGCUUGAUUGAGAUGAAGGAUAAUUCUGUUAUUAAAGAAAUGCAGGCAUUUUUAAACUCUAAAACAAAAAGAAAAAAGCUCUCUCUUGCACAAUGUUCAACUUUGGCAAACAUAAUCCUGAUGUCAGAGGAGGUGCUGGAUGAGUUUGAUGUUAAACAGUACAAUAUCAACGCUAGAGAGGGUCGAUGGAGACUGUUACCUGCUGUGAGGAACUGCAGAAAAGCUUUUUUGGCAGGCUGUAAUCUCACUGGUCAGCACUGUGAAAUUGUGGCUUCAGCUCUACAAUCAUCAAACUCCCCCCUGAGAGAGCUGGACCUGAGUAACAAUCAUCUGCAGGAUUCAGGAGGAAAACUGCUCGCUGCUGGACUGAGGAGUCCAAACUGUCAACUCAACAUACUGAGAUUAUCUGGCUGUUUGGUGAAAGAGGAAGGUUGUGCUGCUCUGACAUCAGCUCUGAGUUCAAACCUUUCACACCUGAGAGAGCUGGACCUGAGUAACAAUCAUCUGCAGGAUUCAGGAGGGAAACUGCUUGCUGCUGGACUGAAGAGUCCAAACUGUCAACUCAACAUACUGAGAUUAUCUGGCUGUUUGGUGAAAGAGGAAGGUUGUGCUGCUCUGACAUCAGCUCUGAGUUCAAACCUUUCACACCUGAGAGAGCUGGACCUGAGUGAAAAUUAUCUGCAGGAUUCAGGAGGGAAACUGCUCGCUGCUGGACUGAAGAGUCCAAACUGUCAACUCAACAUACUGAGAUUAUCUGGCUGCUUGGUGAAAGAGGAAGGUUGUGCUGCUCUGACAUCAGCUUUGAGUUUAAACCUUUCACACCUGAGAGAGCUGGACCUGAGUAACAAUCAUCUUCAGGAUUCAGGAGUGAAGCUGCUUGCUGCUGGACUGAACAGUCCAAAUCAACUAAACAUACUGAGAUUAUCUCAGUGUUUGGUGACAGAAGAAGGUUGUGCUGCUCUGGCAUCAGCUCUGAGUUUAAACCCAUCACACCUGAGAGAGCUGGACCUGAGCUACAAUCACCCAGGAGAAUCAGGAGUGGAGCUGCUCAAAAAGCUCAAACAUCUGGACAAACUCAAUGUGGAUCAUGGAGGAGAGAUCAUGAUCCCAUCAGGACGCCACAAAUACGCCUGUGAUCUCACACUGGAUCCAAACACAGCAAACACUCGACUCGUUCUGUCUGAGGAGAACAGAAAGGUGACGUGUGUCUCUGAGGAUCAGUCGUGUCCUGAUCAUCCCGACAGAUUUGAUUAUUGGGAGCAGGUUCUGUGUUCAGAGAGUCUGACUGGACGCUGUUACUGGGAGACUGAAUGGAGCGGAGGAGAUGUUAAUAUAUCAGUGUGUUAUAAAGAAAUCCAGAGGAAAGGAGGGAGUGAUGACUGUUUGUUUGGACGUAAUGAUAUCUCCUGGAGACUGUUCUGCUCUGAUCAAGGAUUCACUGCUCGUCACAAUAAUAACUCCACUCGUAUCUCUGUUUCUCCAGACUCCUGUAAGAGAGUCGCAGUGUUUCUGGACGAGUCGAGCGGCUCUCUGUCCUUCUACAGCGUCUCUGACACACACACACUCACACACUUACACACAUUCACACACACAUUCACUCAACCUCUACACGCUGGAUUUUACCUUGAUACAAACUCUUCAGUGUCUCUGUGUCACAUUAAACAUUAAACACACACACACACUCACACACACACGCUUUCUCUCACACACACGCAUUGAUAAAUAUGUGUAAAAUAAUGUCAUAUUUACUUAAUUAUGAAAAUAUUUUUGUGUCAUAUUUCUCAGGCCGUAUUUUCAGGAGUUCAUUUAAUUUUAGUCGAAUAGAAUUCAGAAUAAAAAUACUUCAUCAUCAUCAUCAUCAUAUGUUUGAAACAUUCAAAAGCAGUGAAAGAAAUAAAAAGUGUUUAUGUGACUGAACUUCAGAUAAAUUCUUUUGAAACAUUUAAUCGUCUGAACCCUCUUCAUUUCAGGAAAAUCAAUGUAAUAUAUUUCUGCUCAAUAAUGUUUUUCGUUAUUAUUUUACAUUUCGAAGGAGAUUUUGAUACUAUGCAAUAUU